AUGACUAUAAGUACCAAAGCUGAUUACUUGGUCUUGGAAUCCAGUGUAGGAUCAUCUUCUUUCCAAACGGUUCAAACUUCUCAAGCUGUUGUCGUCUGUGUGUGCUUCUUAGUCCCUUCGUGGGUUUUCGAAAAGUUGAAGCGUGAGAUCAACGGUCAUGUUCCUACAAAUCGUUUCCGACCUCGCGAUUCCAACGCCGCCGCCGUUGGCUUUACAGACGAAGUUAGCAUUCCCAACACCUGGUUCGUGGCCGUUGAUAUCGGUAAUCCACCUCAGACAUUUCUGUUCAAUCCCGAUUCAGGAGCACCAGACUUCAUGGCUCUCACACCCCUCACUGGAAGGACCUAUUCCCAGCCCGUGCACAACUAUGCUCUGUCAAGUACCUCAGCUGCAACCCCUGGUUCCUAG